GUGAACGGUGGGGGCGUGUCUCCAGACAGCCCCGCGUGUAGUUCCAGGAGAAACGCGGGGAGUAGGGCCCGGGUACAGUUAUAGCCACUGGCAAGGUUGCUUUAUUGCCGGAGCGAGCCGCGAGCCUGUCCGAAGCCCAGCACGCGAGGCUCUGUCGCGACGCCAUGGAAGUAGUGGAGGCCGCCGCUGCUCAGCUGGAGACUCUGAAAUUCAGUGUCACGGGCUGUGGGGUUGGCCAAGGUCAGGCGGUGCCGUCACCGGGCUCGGUUCCUGUCCCGGAGACACCGCCGCCACUACCGUCGGAUGAGGGGUCCCCAGACACUGGGCAGGCCGCGGACGCUCAGCUGGCCAAGGAGCAGCCGCCUGAGCUCGUGCUCGGCGCCGCGGUCGGCGAGAGCUCCUCGCCGCAGCCGGGGCCAGAACCGCCACCUGGAGGUAACUGCGUCAGCGGCUCGGGCGCUGCGGAGCUGGCGCAGACCCCAGGCAACUUGGAGAACUCGGACUCGGAUUCAGAAUCGGACAGUGAAACCGAUUCAGAUAGUUCAAGCUCCUCAUCUUCCUCAUCGUCUUCCUCAUCUUCCUCUUCCUCUCCUAUAUUACUUACUCCAGUGCUGUCAGAUGGAGAAGAUGAUUUACAAGUCGAGAAGGAAAAUAAGAAUUUUCCUCUUAAAACAAAAGAUGAGUUACUUCUUAAUGAACUACCUUCAGUUGAAGAACUCACUAUUAUUCUUCCUGAAGAUACUGAAUUAAAGCCUUUUGGGAUGGUUUCAAGUAUUAUUGAACAAUUAGUAAUAAUUGAAUCUAUGACUAACCUACCUCCAGUUAAUGAGGAGACUGUAAUUUUUAAAAGUGAUCGAGAGGCAGCAGGAAAGAUAUUUGAGAUAUUUGGACCCGUUGCACAUCCGUUUUAUGUGUUACGGUUUAAUUCUUCAGCACACAUUGAGAGUAAAGGUAUUAAAAUAAAGGACACUAUGUAUUUUGCUCCAUCAAUGAAAGACUUCACCCAAUAUAUAUUCACAGAAAAACUUAAAAAGGAUAGGGGAUCGGAUGCAUCGUGGAAGAAUGAUCAGGAACCACCAAUGGAUGCCUUAGAUUUCAGCGAUGAUGAAAAGGAAAAAGAAGCCAAACAGAGAAAAAAGUCUCAGAUUCAAGGCCGGAAAAAAUUCAAAUCUGAAUUUAAUGAAUCAGGUGAAGAUUUUGCUGAAGUGCAUCAGAAUUGGAAUGCUCACAGCUGUGCUUCAGAGCAUUCCAAAGGCUAUCGCAACAGAGAAGCCACACGAGGCUUUUCCCUGGGGAGACAUCCUCGACCUGUCCAUGGCAGGCCCCCGCCGCCGCGGUUUUAUAACCCGGAGCACGCGGCCUCUCUGGAGACUUCAGGAUUCCCACCUCAGAGACAAGAGGGGCUCGUCAUGCCACAGUAUCCCUUUCCUCCUCCGGUGUUUGACAUGCGUCAUUUUUCACUCCCUCCUCCCCCGCCUCCU